CCCUACACCGCAUUGGUGGAUCACAUCCUGUCAUAGUAUCAGCCCAACCCGCAAGCUCCUAGAUCCUUUUAGGAACGUACCGAGACACCCAGCUAGCCCGCGCCAUCGGGUCUAUGGGACCGUGUAACGUCUAGAAAUCGUUUAAUUACCGGGUCGAUCUCCAGACUGCGUCAGAUCAAACCCUCCCCACCCUAACCACGACGAGGCUCUAUAUACACGCUCUUCCGAGGGAAUUACAAGAUCCUAUUUCUAUUAUUCCCUUGCUAUUAGUUUGACUAUUAUUUCCUGUUUUUAACCUCAUGUAUCGGGCUAUAUCGUCGACUAUAUCCAUCUACUUUCGGUAAUACGAUCAAACUUGUACAAGAGACGGUCGUGAGAUUCUGUGUUACGUAGAACCGCAUCACGCAUUUCCAUUAGGUGGUUUGGUCAAACACACGACACCAUGAAUAACCUGUCCUGGAAUCGAGUCACCACUUGUAUCGCCUAUUAGAAGCUAUGCUCUUAUUAUCUCUAUACAGUCUAGAACGCAAAACACCCGAGACCGACGAAGAUCACCGAGCUUUCGAGGAUGCCCACGCCGGAGCCGAUGACUCCGGCGACCUAUGAUCGCACUUAUGGCGGCAACCGAGCUUUUCAUAACUUCUUCAAUGAUUUCAGUCACAUCCAAGACCCCAACCUGAGGCGACGACUCGCGCUAUCGGAAAUCGAUAAAGUCCCCUUUGGCAUGUACCACGUAAGAGCUGUGCUAGUUGCUGGUAUAGGUUUCUUCCUGGAUUCGUACGACAUAUUCGCUAUAAACCUUGUAACGACACUACUCGGCGUCGUGUUCUGGCAUGGUCCUCCAUCAAGCGCGAAAAAUGGGUAUGGAGGGAAUCACGGACAUUUACCGACCCCCGUCAGUCAGACUCUGAAGGCAUCGACAAGCGCAGGUAUUGUCGUCGGUCAAGUCUUAUUUGGAUGGAUGGCAGACAGGUACGGGCGAAGGAGAAUGUACGGAGUUGAAUUGGGUAUUAUCGUCUUCUCAACAAUGUCAUGUUGUUUAGUCGCCGCCUCCCAAUCCGUAAGCUUCACUGGAUUGAUGACAUUUUGGAGAGUCAUGAUGGGAAUCGGUAUAGGCGGUGACUAUCCUCUAAGUGCCGUUAUCACCUCGGAGUUCGCCCCUACACGAUGGCGUGGCGCUAUGAUGGCAGCCGUAUUUUCAAUGCAGGGGAUGGGCCAAUUGCUAGCAGCGGUCGUGGCUUUAAUCGUGACAGCGUCCUUCAAAGACGCAUUUGUUAAUGUGCCGGGGGUUGACCAAUGUGAUUACACAUGUCAGAUAGCAGCUGACCGUUGUUGGCGUAUAAUUGUCGGAGUCGGAGCCCUUCCAGCUUGUUUUGCGCUGUACUAUCGCAUUACUAUACCCGAAACUCCCAGAUAUACGUUCGAAGUUGCCAAAGACGUCGAGAAAGCUGCUGCUGAUAUCAAGGCAUACAUAGCCAGUCAGGGAGAAGGAGAAGUCGAUGAGAUUAUGCAAGCGAGGAUGAAAAAGGUCGCAGCUCCAGCCCUUAACAUUCCCUCGGCCUCCUGGCAUGACCUUUACAAAUACUUCAAACAGUGGAAGAACGCCAAAGUCCUGAUAGGGACAACGUUAUCUUGGUUCUUCCUGGACCUUGCCUUCUAUGGCUUAGGGUUAAAUAACCAAAUUGUGUUACAAGCAAUUGGUUAUGCUGAUGGCGACUCACUAUAUCACAUAUUAUUCAACAGUGCGGUUGGCACGAUCAUUCUAGUUGUGGCAGGCUCUCUUCCCGGGUAUUGGACCGCUAUCCUUACCAUCGACACUAUCGGCCGGAAAACACUUCAAAUUAUCGGUUUUAUCAUACUCACCAUCACAUUUUGCGUUUUAGGUUUCCUCUACAACCGCCUUAGUAAGGGGGCCCUAUUAGCUCUCUACAUCGUCGCAAACUACUUCUUUAACUUCGGCCCUAAUACCACCACAUUCAUUAUCCCCGGCGAAUGUUUUCCGACCCGCUACCGUUCUUCCGGCCACGGGCUCUCGGCAGCUAUGGGCAAGGUUGGAGCUAUCGUCGCACAAGUCAUCUCACUACCGCUUCUCACGAAAGACGCGCCGAAUCCGUGCAGUGGAAAGCAGUGUACGCCUUGGCUCGACCGACUGAUGCAGAUCUUCGCGCUAUUCAUGCUCUGCGGUACACUUACGUCCCUCCUCAUCCCCGAAACCAAGGGCUAUACGCUCGAAGAACUAGCUGGCGAACCUCCGACAUCGUAUAACUCCGGCCGCAACGGUAGCUUCAUGGAGACGCCCACCAAGACGCGGUGGUGGAACCCGUUCUCCGGCGGCCAACCAGCCGGCUUCUUCUACCCCCGCGUAGCGACGAAUGGUCGGACUAGGAGUCGCACAGGUAUCAUGACGACGCCCGACUUAAUGGCGCAGGACGCAGAGAUGACGAGCAGGAGCUGGAUGUUCUGGAAACGCGAUCGAACCCGCCCAGGGACCGCCACCACGGCAAAUUGCGGCGCAAGCUCGAGUUCGACGGCCGGGUUUGCGGGGUCUGGUGAUACGGUCGUAGCGAGCGCAGGUGUACUGCCCGGCUGGGGAGCGGGUUGGGGCAGGAUAGAUAGAGGCGGGAAUCCUCUCGCCAUGGAUAAUAUACGGCUACAGGAUGUGGGGAGUUUGCUAAAGUGAAUACCCAGUUAGCGGACAGCUUUCCGAACUACGGAUUCCGG